AUUCUCAUUCUCUCUUGCUUUAUCUCUCUCUCUCUCUCUCUUUCCUCCAUUGUUGAUGUGAUUCUCCACUAACUUCACUACAAACCCAUCUAACUUUACAAAAAGAGGGAAGUAAAGAUCAUAUAUCAAGAACACAGCAAUGGUUUUUUCCUCUAUUCCAGCUUAUCUUGAUCCAGCCAACUGGCAGCAGCAGCUAAAUCAUCAAGUUGGAACGAGCAUCCAAACGACACAGCUUCCUUCUGCGCAGCCGGCGGCGGUGGCGGCGGCGGCGGCUGCGCCGCCGCCGCCGCAUGGAAGCGCGGGGACAAUCCGGCCGGGAUCCAUGGCGGAUAGGGCGAGGCUAGCCAACAUGCCAAUACCGGAGACUGCUCUGAAAUGCCCUCGCUGCGAAUCGACGAACACGAAGUUUUGCUAUUUCAACAACUACAGCCUCACGCAGCCGCGGCACUUCUGCAAGACGUGCCGGCGGUACUGGACGCGCGGCGGCGCGCUGAGGAACGUCCCCGUCGGCGGCGGUUGCCGGCGGAACAAGAGGAGUGGUAAGGGGGGUAGUAGUAGUGGCGGUGGUGGUAGCGCUUCCAAGUCUCCUUCUAACAGUAGCGAGCGGCAGGCGGGUAGUAGCAGUUGCAGUGGUGUUUCCACUAGCAGUAUUAAUAUAUCCGGGAAUUCCGCGGCCGGGUUGUUGGGCGGCGCGGGGCUCUCGCCGCAAAUUCCGCCGAUGCGGUUCAUGUCGCCGUUAGGUCAACUCUCCGAGCACUAUACCGCCGGGAAUGAUAAUAUUGGGCUCAACAUAAAUUACACCGGCCUUUCCGCCAUGGCAGGUCGAGACAAUUUUCCUUUCCAAUUCGGAAACAAUAACAACAACAAUAAUAAUAGUAAUAAUAAUAAUAAUCUACUCGGUCUGGGAGGCGGUGGCGGUGGCGGGCCUGGCGGAGGAGGAGGGCUUGCUUCGCUUUUGUCAGGUGGUAUUGAGCAGUGGCGGCUUCAAACACCGAUCCUCGGGGGACUGGAUCUCUCCCCAUCACCGGGACUGUACCAAUUCCCGGGAGGUCCAGAGGCGGCGCCGUCAGGUUUUCUCGGCGGCGAGGCCAGCGAAACCAGGCCCAAGUUCACGAGUUCUUCGAUGCUGACUACUCAGAUGGCGUCGGUGAAAAUGGAAGACCAUAACAAUCAAGAAUCAAGUAUGGCAAGGCAGCUGUUGGGGUUUCAACCGGGCAAUGACCAGUGGGGCGGCGGCGGCGGGGGUGCCGCCGCCGCCUGGAGCGACGUUUCUGCUAGUUUCACUUCUUCGUCCACCAGCAAUCGUUUAUGAUAUUGGUGUUAAAGCCGAGUACAGUUCAGCAUCCUGCCAUCUAAACGUGGGUUAAAGUUGUUAGCCAGUGAUCUGAUAAGCGUUUAAUCCUGACAAUUGGAAUGAAGUAAGAGUGUGUGGCCAAAACUCUCUUGCUUCUGCUCUUCAUGUAGUGAAGCUUUUGAAUUUUAUGAGUGAAGCUUCAAAGUGUCAAAUGGAUGCAGGCAUACACUACUUAAGAGCUGUUUGGGGAGGAUUCUGAUCUGGUUUUAACCCUAGAAGCUAAGAUUUGCUAGUCUUAAUUAUAUUUCUUGUUUUGCAUUUUAGUUUGUAGUGGUAGCUCUCUUUGUUGUAGUAUGUAGUGAAAAUGGUUGGAGAAAUUUGAGUGUUUAAUUUUAAUUUGGUGUUUCUUGUAGCAUUUAUUAAUGUUUUAUAAUUAGGC